GUUUCGCUUGAUCCUCCUCUUCACGCUGCGAAUUGCAGACGAAGUGCCACGGUGAACCGCGCGGCUCAGUUUGGGUCCGUCACACGGUUGAAUUUAUCGCUUUUUUCCUUUGUUUUUCUUAAGCCCUGGAAGUAUUCUUUCCCCAGCACAAGGACGUGUUCUGUUCCAGCGCGAAGAGAGACCUCCACUUAAAGUAGACAUGUGUAUGAGACAAGACUCUCAAUUGAAGACCCUCUUCGCGGUUUUGGUCCUUACUGCCGCCGUGGCCGACGUGCAUGGACAAGUGCCAAAGGAUAAAAACGGCAUCAGUAAGAGGACACUGGACCUGGACAGGGACUCGCCAACCCAGGACACGGAGAGCGAAGUCCACUCCGUCACCACGGUCUCACCAAUGAACCUCCCCAACCACCGACCUGUCCUCAAGGGCCUGCUGCUUCAUGAGCACCUGCUUACAAGGGAUUUCCAGGGAGACCAACACUUUUUUAAGAGGGAUGACUCUGUAGCUGCAUAUUCCACCAUGCCAGGCUCCGUGGCUGCCUCAGAUGCAGGGGACCCAGUCACUCAGCUGGUGCCCCAUGAGGAUGCCCCAGCCUUUUCAGACAUUGCGAGCACUGCCACUGCUGCAGCCACCUCCCCACCGACCACAUUUUCCAGCACAACAUCAAGGCCUGUCUGCCAAGGCAUGUGUGUCCCUCAAAAGAAGUCAUUGAAGACAAAGGGGAUGGACAAGGUGGAGCCAACAACAGACUCCCUCACCACACAAGUGUCACUCAAUAGUAGAGCCCCACUCAGCGAAAACCCAUGGGCGUCCGUAUCAUCGCAUAGAAGCCGUUCUCAAAUCGUGAAUGCGACUCCCGUAGAAGUGACCCUGGCACCCUCUUUGAAGCUGAUGGAGGAUGGAGAAGCUAGACAAACGGCGCUGAAAAGGAACACCAGCCCUGAUAAUCCACUCCUGAACCUAACGUCCCGAGAGGAUGGUGCCGACACUACGUCCACAACUGUAAUCACCACCAUCACCACCGUGCAAACAGCAGAGCCGUGCAGCCUGAAUUUCACUGACCCCGAGGGCAACAUCAAAAUCCUGCAGCAGCUUGACUCUGGAACAGAGUGUAACUACCUGGUUACGGUCUACCUGGGAUACGGCAUUGAGGUUCAGGUGCUAAAUGUGAGUGCGUUAGAGGGAGAGCAGGUGACAGUGGAGGACACCGGUGGCCAGGAACCCUUCAUCCUUGCCAACGAGUCCGUCUUGAUGAGAGGCCUUGUCCUGCGCAGCUGGAGCAAUCAGAUCUCCAUCCGAUUCCGUAGUGACCAACAGAACAACCACAGAUUUCUUCUUCUGCAUUACCAAGCCUUUGUGCUAAGCUGUGCAUUCCCCAAAGAGCCUGCUGGUGGAGAAGUUUCCGUGACGCACCUGCACCCUGGCGGAGGGGCCUACUUUCGCUGUUUCACCGGUUACAAGCUGCAAGGUCCCAAAAUGCUCACGUGUCGCAAUGCAACAACGCCGUACUGGAGUGGAAAGGAGCCCCGGUGUGUGGCAUCCUGUGGGGGAAUGAUAAAAAAUGCUACCUAUGGUCGAAUUGUCUCUCCUGGUUUCCCUGGCAACUACAGCAACAACUUGACGUGCCACUGGGUCCUGGAGGCCCCUGAAGGCCAUCGGCUCCACAUUCACUUUGAGAAGGUGGCUCUGGCAGAGGAUGAUGACAGGCUGCUGAUUAAGAAUGGCAACAACAUCGACUCUCCCCCUGUGUACGACUCCUACGAGGUUGAGUAUUUGCCCAACGAGGGUGUGCUCAGUACUGAACGUUACCUGUUUGUAGAGUUUACCACAGAUGGGACGCUGACUUCCACCGGUGCCGCGAUCAGAUACGAAGCUUUUGCGAAAGGCAUGUGCUAUGAGCCCUUUGUCAAGUACGGCAACUUCAGCGGCAGUGACUCCAACUACAACGUGGGUGCAGUGGUUGAGUUCUCGUGUGACCCUGGGUACACGCUGGAGCAAGGCUCCGUAGUGAUUGAGUGCGUGGACUCACAGAACCCUCAGUGGAAUGAGACUGAGCCGGCUUGCAGGGCUGUGUGCAGCGGGGAGAUCACAGAGUCUGCCGGUGUGGUGCUGUCUCCUAAUUGGCCUGAGGCCUACGACAAGGGGCAGGACUGCAUCUGGGGUAUCCACGUGGAAGAGGACAAGCGGAUCAUGCUUGACAUCCAAGUUCUACACGUUGGUAAGAAUGACCUGCUGACCUUCUAUGAUGGGGAUGACCUGACGGCGAACAUCCUGGGCCAAUACAGCGGCACACGUCCACACUUCAAGCUGUACACCUCCAUGGCUGAUGUUACUAUUCAGUUUCAAUCGGAUCCUGCCACCAACAUCUAUGGAUACAACAAUGGCUUUGUGGUCCACUUCUUUGAGGUGCCGAGGAACGACACCUGCUCCGAGCUGCCAGAGAUCACCAAUGGCUGGAAGAGCACGUCUCACCCCGACCUCAUCCACGGCACCGUCAUCACCUACCAGUGCUACCCUGGAUUUGAGCUGGUGGGCUCUGAGAUCCUCAUGUGCCAGUGGGAUCUCACUUGGAGCGGCGAUGUGCCGAGAUGUCAGGAAGUUAUGACAUGCCAGGACCCAGGAAAUGUGGAGCACAGUCACAAGGUGAUCACAAGCAACCGUUUCACCGUUGGAUCGACGGUGCACUUUGUCUGCAAUAAAGGCUACAUCCUGUCUGGCAGCAGCCUCCUCACCUGCUACAACCGAGAUUCAGCCACACCCAAGUGGAACGAGAGGCUACCAAAGUGUGCCCCUGAAAAGUACGAGCCGUGCAGGAACCCCGGCGCCGCCUCCACCAGCGUGCAGAGCUCUGAAAAGGCCUUUUACCAAGCCGGAGAGGUACUCAGCUUCUCUUGCCACUCAGGCUACGAGCUGCAGGGUGAUGCCAACAUCUACUGCAUCCCGGGACACCCGUCACAGUGGAACAGCACUCCGCCUGCCUGCAGAGCAACCUCAAUCCAAUAUGUGAACGAACGCAGGCUGGAUGUUGUAAAUAUGGAUUAUAGCAUGGAGGGAACCAAUAUUACCCUCGCAGUUUUAAUUCCAACCGCUAUCAUCUUGGUGGUGGUUCUCGGGAUUUAUGUCUACUUUGCCAAACUCCAAGGGAAGACCAUCAGAAUGCCAUCAUCCUUGCCACCGUAUGACAACAUGACAGAAGAGUCAGCUUUCGACAACCCUACAUACGAGAGCGGAGUAAGUACAGAUGACAUGAGCAUGCAAGACGUGGAUUCACAGAACACCAGUGUUCUGUCCUGAUCCAUUCCCAUCUGGCAGUCACCCCGCUGUCAUCCCAUCCUCCACCUGCAGAGGGCGCCCACCGCCUCAUCUUUCAUCAACGUCAAUCAUCACCAAGAUCCACAUAGCUGAUGAUAUUUCUGUUAAUAAUAGAAACAAAGGACAAGCUCACUCUGUGAUCAUUUUUCAUUUUGAAUUUCCAUACUUCAUUAACUUUUAGACUUGCAGUACAUCAUGCACAUUGAGGUACGUCAUCUGCUAUCCCGUCAAACAGUAUUACAGUGUGCCACACAUCUAUGUGACUUAUGUCUUAUUUAUUCUUGUACGUCGAUGUAUCCCUGUAUUGAUCUCAAGUGCUUCCUGUCCUCUUUUUUUCCCCUGCUC